GUUUGAGCUGCGAUUCAGAUCUCAUUUAAAUACUUGGUGGGUCGUAUUGAAACGCCCAGAUUAUGCGAAGCUCGACACGUGGUGUGACGUAACGAGGCCUCGCUCGCAGUGGUCACGUGAUGGGGGCGUGCUCGAAACGCUGCUCACUGACACUUCUGGUUCAAAAAGCUCGAUGCUGUGUCGAGCAGACUUACUUGACCUUAACGUCGCUAUCAAUAUGCACUUCACCAGGAUUAUCUGCAUUUUUACCACAUUGUCUCUGAGCAUUCUGCAGGGGGGGGUUCUGUGCCUCCCCACAGCAGAGUCCAUGCCACUUUUAACCUGCACAUCGGCUUUUGAUCCUGAUGGUGAUGCGAUGUUUCACCUGAACCACGCACCCAUCAGCCCCGUCUGUGACACGAGCUGGGAGGAUGAGAGCCGACUCGUCAUCGCUCGUGGUAACAAGUUCAAUGGAAGUUUGGUGAGGAACCUGACGGACCAAAGCAUCACACUGUGGCGCUGCAAUGACUACCUGCUCUACACAGUUGACUGUGCUCAUGGGAUAAAAGAAGUUAAAUGCACAGUGAACUGCACCGCUGAGCUGGAGCCGAGACGUCCUGCAUCAAACGAGUCUGAGCCUGAGAUCAACAGCUUCUGGCAGAAGUAUUGGAGGGUUUUGGUUGGUGUCAUGUUGGGUUUAGUGGUCGUUGUGCCUGUGAUCAUCUACUGUACCUGCACAAGGGUUAACAGACAUGAUUAUGGUGAAGUCUCUCCCUGCAUCAAAAGUAUGUCCUAGAUCGAAGACACCUUUUGGGAAGAGGUGGCCUGUUACCAUCCCAGUCAAACCGUGAAAGCCUUUCUGUUUAAAUACAUAUAUAUUAUAAAAUAAUAACAUAUUAUAAGUGUAUAUAUAUCACUAUCUGCACUGAAAAAAGGACUAAGUUAAUUUAACUUAUUAAGAUCAUUUCAAAGAACUUAAUUUAUUCAGCUGUUGCCAAUUGAAACAAUUCAGUUAAGUUGGUUCAAGUAUUUUUUUCAGUGUGGAUAAUAUAUUUAACAGUAAAAAUAAUAAUAAAACAUUUUUUUGCUAUACAGACAUGUUAGUGAUAAAUAGAUUAAAAAUAAAACAUUUAUCUUGAUGUUAUACCUUUAUCAUGUUGGUUGGUUAAGAAACGUAACACGGUGCGACAGCAAAAGGCAAGUUAAUGUAAAAAUGUAAAUGUUUUAGGUUCCAAGCACCAGUUUAUAUUUUGUGCAAAAGGAAACAUGCGCUUUGUGUUGCUGCUUGCUUCCCCAUAGUCCCUGCUUGGGGCACGCCGGGAGCCGUGGGGGUGCUUGGACUGCUUGCAAAUCCAGUUAAAUGUGUUAUUGUCCAAGGUGAAAGGUCGUUCCGCUGUCGAGGAACCCAAAGACGGCAGGUGUGGUCAGCCUGAAGAUCAUACGGUGCUUAAAUGACUGCAAAAUCACUUUUCUUGCAAAGUCGAGAGUGCAUCCCGACAUGAUAAACCUUAAGGCAAAAUGAUAAUAAAAUUGGUCUCUGACUUGCUUCUGACAGCCAGCUGACGGCUCUCACUGCCUGGAACGGUGAGAUUUAUACAGCAAGCUGACCUGAAAUGCGCUUUUGCACAUUAUAUUGACUUUACUGACGUGUUCCUUUGAAAAGUGACCAAAUUACAUGGAUUUGUACCGGGUUCAGUGACGUUUUCACAGACUAAAAACAGCCACCAGAGGGUGCUGGAGUAAUGCCUGACCUCUAGAAUGUCAUUGGUUGACAUGGAGGCAGUGUUCAUUUACCCAGCAUUCAUCACAACAUAAGGAUAAACAGCAGCACAGAAACAACAUAAUGAAAAACAGGUUAAUAUCCUCCACUGUAGCUCCAGCAAGUGUUCAACCUUUGACAUUUCCUGUUUCACUGUUGACUCAAAAUUUGGCACUUCCUGUUUGGGUCUCCCUGUGCCAUGAGCGAGCUUGCGCGCUCGUGUGGCGCUUCGCUCGCAUAAAAAUAGAACAGAAAAAAAUCUUUGUGACUGAAUUAAAGAGGCGUUUUUAUCCUGAAUCAUGAGGGAAUAUCUAACUUGGAUCAUAGCUCAUAGCUGGAGCUAAUAAGCUUUGAAAGAUGUGAUGACGACAAUAAUAAAACCAUUUCUGAUAUGUUCCAGUUU